ACUGAUGUCACCGUGCAUGGUUCUCCUUCAGUCGUUCUUCAUUCUCUCCUGAACUCACUACAACCCAGCUAACAUGCCCGUGAUGUCAAAGACCUUUUCCUGGAAGUAUAUCUACUCACUUUCACUUAGGUUGAUCAAACAUAUGGCUCUUCUUUCCUUGGUGACGUCUUUGAGCUCAGAAUGGAGCUUUUGCGAAAUAAUCACCGUUGCGAAAGCGGCCAAGCUCAAUGAUAUCCGAAAUACAUACAACACCCUCAACACAUAUAUAAAUCAUGAGAUUUUGUUUCUUCGGACAACAAUGGGAAGAAGAUCAGACGCAUAUCAGCUUUGCUCAUCGACUGUUCUUCAGCGAUGUCUCAUGUCGAAACAGCGUGUAGAGGCGCUGUACUCUAACCUUAAUAGGAUUGCACGCAACUUGCAGGUGCAAGAAGGAGGGAUUCAGUCCACUGUAUUCUGUUACAAGAUCUUUGUGACGGCGGUGGAAGGCUCGAAGUCAGCCCAGAACUGGGUGGUCAAGAUCAAAGCACGGCCUCCCCCACUGGUUGUAUCAGACCCGGUUUGAUGAAGAUUUGGCGAGAUAACAACUGGUAAUGGGCUCUAUGCUAAUUGGAAAAGGAGGCUCUGCCAUGUUUCCUCGGUGUUUCUAUUCAUCGAAAAUUCGAACCGUCCAUAAAUAUGUUAUCUUUAGUAAAGUUGAAACCGAAGUUGAAACCGAUAAAACAUUUGAAUUGUUAAAGAGUGUAAGCGACAUAAUAGUCAAAGAAAAAGGAAAUCGAGUUGUAAGGUAUAGGAA